GUGUGGCGGCGGCGGAGAGGGGAGGGGAGUCGAUAGAAUCUCGUCGAUAACGGAGCUUCUUCACCCUGCCGCCCCUCCCCCCACCCUCUUGGCGGUCUCUCUACUCCCGCCCGCCCCCCAGCUAGGAAUGGGGGUCGGUGGGUGAGUGAGAGGAGCUCUGAAGCGCUUCCAAAGGCGCCGAUGGUUAAACGGGCGCUUGUCAAUGUAGGCGCCUCGUUUCGUUAUUGUCUCCUAAAGCUCUCGUUGGUUGUUUUUUUCUUCCCCUCAGAACAACAACAACAGCAGCCCUCGGAACAUGGGGCACCUUCGCUGAGGGAUAAAGUCUCCCUUUCGUCUUCGGGCGGCGCUGGCGCUGGCUGAGCCUCCCUGCCUCACCCUCGGCACUCCGUGGGGUGGGGGGCAGGCGCGGAGAGGGUGAAAAGUGGGGGGCGGCGGGGGGGCACUGUGAGGAAAUGGAGGAACCCCCGGAGGAAAUGGAAGGAGCCCCCGGGCGCUCCGUGGAAGAAGCGGACCCGUCUCUCUUCACCGUCAAACACGAGCUGAAGAACGCAAACUUGACUGGUCAUGUAGAGAAGGUGGGCAUUGAGAACUUUGAACUGCUGAAAGUUCUUGGGACAGGAGCUUAUGGGAAGGUGUUUCUAGUCAGGAAAAUAAGUGGCCAUGAUGCUGGCAAAUUAUAUGCCAUGAAGGUUUUGAAAAAAGCAACAAUAAUUCAAAAAGCCAAAACAACUGAACAUACGAAGACUGAACGGCAGGUACUAGAACACAUCCGACAGUCACCAUUUUUGGUGACUUUGCAUUAUGCGUUUCAGACAGAUGCAAAGCUUCAUCUCAUUUUGGAUUACAUAAAUGGAGGAGAACUUUUUACCCAUCUUUCACAGAGAGAGAGAUUUACUGAAGAUGAGGUACGAAUAUACAUUGGAGAGAUUGUGUUAGCACUUGAACACCUGCACAAGUUGGGAAUUAUAUAUCGUGAUAUAAAACUUGAGAAUAUUCUGCUUGAUUCUGAUGGCCAUGUGGUACUGACUGACUUUGGCUUGAGUAAGGAAUUUGUUAGUGAUGAAAAUGAAAGAGCAUAUUCCUUCUGUGGAACUAUAGAAUAUAUGGCUCCAGAUAUUGUCAAAGGUGGGGAGACAGGUCAUGAUAAGGCUGUUGAUUGGUGGAGUCUAGGUGUUCUUAUGUAUGAAUUAUUAACUGGAGCAUCACCUUUUACUGUUGAUGGGGAGAGAAACUCACAAACUGAGAUAUCUAGGAGAAUAUUGAAAAGUGAACCUCCUUAUCCCCAAGAAAUGACUGCUCUAGCCAAAGAUAUAAUUCAAGGUCUUCUGAUGAAAGAUCCCAAGAAAAGACUGGGCUGUGGUUCAAAUGGUGCUGAUGAAAUAAAACAGCAUCUCUUCUUCCAGAAACUGAAUUGGAAUGACUUGGCUGCCAAAAUAGUGCCAGCUCCAUUUAAACCAGUAAUUCGUGAUGAAUUGGAUGUUAGUAACUUUGCAGAGGAGUUUACAGAAAUGGACCCAACAUAUUCUCCAGCAAGCACACCACAAGCUGCAGAUAAGCUUUUCCAGGGAUACUCCUUUGUUGCUCCUUCUAUCUUAUUCAAACGUAAUGCAGCCACUAUGGAUCCUGUUCACUUCCUGACAGCAGUGGACCGACCUGGAAUUACAAGUAUUGCCAGGAGUGCUAUGAUGAAGGACUCUUCCUUUUAUCUUCACUAUGAACUGGACCUGAAAGAAAGACCACUGGGAGAAGGAAGUUUUUCCAUCUGUCGAAAAUGCUUACACAAAAAAACUAGCCAAGAAUAUGCAGUAAAAAUCAUUAGUAAAAGGCUAGAAGCCAACACUCAAAGAGAAAUAACAGCUUUAAAACUUUGUGAAGGACACCCCCAUGUCGUGAAGCUGCAUGAAGUUUACCAUGAUCAGCUCCACACUUUUCUAGUAAUGGAACUUUUGAAAGGAGGAGAAUUACUUGAACGUAUCCAGAAAAAGAAGCACUUCAGUGAAACUGAAGCUAGUUAUAUAAUGCGCAGACUUGUUUCAGCAGUGAGCCACAUGCACGAUGUAGGAGUAGUCCACAGAGACUUAAAACCUGAGAAUUUAUUAUUUACAGAUGAAAAUGAUAGUUCAGAAAUAAAAAUAAUUGAUUUUGGAUUUGCCCGCUUAAAGCCACCUGACAAUCAGCCUCUUAAAACACCGUGUUUUACCCUUCAUUAUGCUGCACCAGAGCUCUUAAAUCAUAAUGGUUAUGAUGAAUCAUGUGAUCUAUGGAGUUUGGGAGUCAUUUUGUAUACAAUGCUCUCAGGACAAGUACCCUUCCAGUCUCAAGAUAAAAAUGUAACAUGCACAAGUGCAUUGGAAAUUAUGAAGAAAAUUAAGAGAGGAGAGUUCUCUUUUGAAGGAGAUGCUUGGAAGAAUGUCUCUCAGGAAGCCAAAGAUUUGAUACAAGGACUUCUUACAGUGGAUCCAAAUAAGAGAAUUAAAAUGACCAGUUUGAGAUACAAUGAAUGGCUUCAAGAUGGUAGCCAACUGUCAUCCAACCCGUUAAUGACUCCAGACAAUUUAGGAUCUUCAGGAGCUGCUGGACACUCUUAUGUCAAAGCAACCUUUAAUGCCUUUAACAAAUAUAAGAGGGAAGGAUUUUGCCUACAGAAUGUUGACAAGGCACCUCUUGCAAAAAGAAGGAAGAUGAAAAAAACAAGUACAAGUACCGAGACUCGAAGCAGUUCCAGUGAAAGUUCUCAUUCUUCUUCUUCUCAUUCGCAUGGUAAAACUACUCCUACAAAGACCCUGCAGCCAGCAAUUCCUGCAGACAGCAAUAAUCCAGAGAGCAUCUUCCAAUUCUCUGACUGAAAAACAGAGAUUUGCUCUGAUGAAGAAUUUGCUGGCAUAUGCAUUCCUUUAAAAAGAAUGUUUAUAUGUGUAUGGAAAAUCCAACUGAUACCCUUUUACUGAUGGAAGGACUUCUGAUCCAGUGGAGGUGUCCACUAAAAUAGGGGAGACAUUCAUUAACUCUAUUCUGGAGUGUCCUCCAACUCUCUGGUGCAGAUUCUUGGGGUGGGCACUGGAGACUGAGAUGGGGAACUCAGUAAGAAUUGAAUCUCAUCUCUUCUGUUAGCAAAUGCCUCUGCGGGAUCAAAAAUCCUUCCGUAAGCACAAGAUCACUUGUUGGAUUCUGCCCAUAACUUAAAGGCACACAUUCUAUUUUCUAAUCUUUUGUUUCAGUCCUAGUCUGAAAUAGGACAUUUUAAAAUACUGCUGUGGUUAUAACCAGCAUUGAAGUUGUUGAAGCUAUUAAUGAACAAAACUUGGGGUGGAGUUCAACAUCAUACUAAUAAAACAUUUUCCACCAGCACAAUAAUUUUUGCUUGCCAGACAGAACCAUCUCCCCUCUCUCCCACCACCCCCCAUGUGCUGUUCUGGGGGUUCUCCCAACUCUCCACAUUUAUGGGAGGAGCGGGCAGGGCACAUGGGGGGAGGAGAAGGGGGAAGCCCAAUUGUGCUACUGGGAGUCCCAGAACUGGCUUCCACAAGCACACUGGGUUAGUUGAAUCCAGCCCUUGUAGUCCUUUGAGGUAACUGGACAUGCAAAAUGGGCUUUCUCAUUGCUAGUUAAGGAAAUAUAGUUUCAUAAGCUCUCAGAACUCCAUUUACUAGCAGUGACUCUCCAGGAUUCAUGCAGACAUCUUAAUUAAGGUUGGUUUUCUUUGGAAAUUUCUGUAUAUUAGAAAGAUGACAGUAUGAUUUUAAGAGUCUUGAAACAUAAUGGCCAGGAUCAAAAAUAGUGGCUUCCCCAUAUGCAGCAGCUUUUGUCCUUAUGCAGGUUUCCUGCAUAAGGAAAAUCAAGUCACAUCCAAAGAUAAUUUUCAGCAUGUGAAAUGGAUGCACAAAUCCUUGCACAAUACACAGGCAACAUUUUUGCUGUUCAGGGCUUGGCAACUAGUAUGCAGAACUUUGUGAUUACUUCUUCUGUAGAUUUUGGCCAUUUCCUAUUUUCUAUUUUGAACGACUUUUGGGUUUUUUUAAUAGCUUCUAAUACAGUACUUAUAAGAGGAACUUACUGUUUUCUUAGCAUUCAGUGCUAAAAAUAUGACAAGAUUUUCUGAACAAAUAGGUUUAUCUUAUAUAUUUAUGCCUCGUUGCUAAAUAUAAAAAUGAUUUUCUCUUAAUUGCAGAUUCUAUAUUCCUGCUAUCAUGUGUGGGUCCAACAAUUAAGCAUGCUGUGAUAUAUCUGACAGUGUGCUAUCUAGUUGUAGCAUAAUAUUAGAGGUUUUAAUGAUACGUAAUGCUUACGCAUGAUUUGGUACACCUAUAAUUGCAUUUGGUGAGUAGCUGAACAAAGUGAAAAAUGCCUUUUGGAGAUGCUGUGUAACUUAGAGAUGCUCUAGUAACUUCAGUGAGAAUUAUGAACUUAUUACAUCAUUCUGCUUUGCAAUAUUAAGCUUUUGUUUUCUUGCCAUGAUUUCCAUACCUAUACGCAAUACUCUUCAGAUUUUGCCUCCUCUCAUGUUGGGGCAUGUUUUGACUUUAAACCAUAUAUGCACUGGGAAAACUAAAGGGAUAUUCUAUCAAACACUGUGCUUCGCAUUUGUACACUGUGUUUGUAAUACGGUAAGAUUUCCUACCGUGGCUGUAAUAUAUUUGGAAUCAUAAAUGUGACUUACUGAUGCAUUUAAAAUGUUAACAUUUUUAAUUGUGAAGCAUAAUUUCUCAACAUAUGCAGAGCACUUCUACAGCACCUGUGCUCCAGUCUUGCAAAAAGUUAUUGAGUAGUCCCAUUGUGAAUUCUUUGGGGCAGUUUAUUUGCAUGAUCAGAGAACAUCUGGUCGUUUGUAAAAACACCUUGCUGCAUUGUAAAAUAAACUAGAUCCAAAUCCUAUGCAAAAAUUUAUAUAUAUAUAUAUAUAUAUAUAUAUAUAUAUAUAUAUAUAUAUAUGGCUUGUUUACAAAGUUGCAUCUAUUAUCAGUGUUUUGAGAAACCUAAUGCAGGCUUACCUAUGGAAAUUGGUGGAAAACUGUCUUGAAAAGACUAUAUUUUUCUGUGUUGCUGUAGUGUAAUUGGUAGCACUUGCAUCAGGAAUGAGAUAAAUGGUCCAAGAGGUAUUUUUUGUGUGGCUUUCUAGAUUCUUGUUAGCAUUCUUGCAAUCAAGUUGUCAUUUACGAAAAAGUUAAGAUUCUGGCUCUUGUUGUAAAAGUAGCCUUGCAGAUCUAGUGAUAGAAACUAGAAGGCUUGUAAUUUAGCAACAGAUGAGCAGUGUGAUCUUUUGCAUGUUUGUUAAUGCAUGCUUACUUAAAAGCACAAGCUGCUGAGUUCAAUGAAGCUUAACUGACUAGCAAAGAUCAUAUAAUUGCAACCAUAAUUAUUUUGUCCCUUGAGGUGGCUUAAGUGACUUAAUCAUUUGACAUCCUAAUCUGAGUUUGUUCACAUUUGGAGUUGUUAAUUCCAAGAUCCAUACAGCACAGAAUUAACACAGCUUGUUCACCAGAUGUGCCUUGGCUUCCACACUGUGUUUAGGAACUUAAAUUAUGCCUGCAGUCUAUAUAUUCAAACAUGGACGGGACAGAAGCUUGUACUGCUUUUCUUUCUUUCUUUUUUCAUUUUUAAGGUAGAUAAGCUGGAACACUUAGAAGUUUCCAGUGUGGCCCUGGUGCUAAAGAAGUGGCACAUCUUUGAGUCUGAUAAGUUCUCACAGUUUAUUUAUAUGAAUUACUUAGGCUGUAGUCUUUUGCAUACUUACUUGGAAGUAAGCCCCAUUGAAUUCAUUGGGGCCUAAUUCUGAGUAAAUAUGCAUAGGAUUGUGCUCUUAAUUGAAUCCUUUGAGAUAAAUUGCCACAGAGUUUCUACGCUGAUGGAAAAUAUGAAAACUAUUGUUUACAUUAUCCGGAUCUUUAUAUUUUAAAGUUUUAUGCGAUGAUAGCACAAAUAACUUAAAGUAGUAGUUUAAGUUAAGCUGUUCAGUACUAUGCCAGCAUUUAGUUUGGAUUCACUUGUGAAUCUUUGAGAAUAUGACCUUCCCUCCCCAAGCCCCCCAUUGUAUUGACCUAUACAAUGGAACAUUUUCUCCGUAAUAAAUCAAGGCGUCAUGAUUUUGCAAAAAGCACCAAUUAAUAGAUGAAAUCUGUUUUAAGGUUCAGUAAAUUAAACAGAAAUGUUUUGCUAUACUUCUUUUGAUUUUCCAUUUCACUUUUAAGAUUGAUUAAAAUGUGUACUUUUAAAAUGAAGUCCUAGUGGCUCAGCAGAUUAAAUUGCAAUGCGAUGAGCCCUAGUUUAAAUUUAUAUAUAGUUUAAAAUAAUUAUUUUUAAAAAAUCUAGUCCCUUUUGGAGAAAUCCAAAUAAAUGGUGUUUUAUAUUAGAAUAGUUUCAUUGAUAUUUGGUAGGACUUCAUAAAAUGUGCAAAGUAAAAUAAUGAUUUAAUUUCUCAGGAAAAAGGGGAGUUUGUAUUUCCAUUGUUCUCUUGCACAGGCAGCUAUCAAGAAAGAUCGUGAACAUUUUUGUACUCUUGGGAGCGGAUUUUAUCUGAUAAAAGCAUAAGUGGGUGCAGAGCACAACUUUCAUUAUGUUUUUGUUCAAACAGAUAUGUUUUCAAAAUUUUGAAUGUGUACACUAUAUAAUUUUAUUGGUUACAUUUUGAAAUAGGUAUAAUAUGCUAAGUAGAGAAAGUAGUAUGAUAAUAGUGGUUAGAGAUUAAGUGGUACAGAUGCAGUUGUGUUGCCAUAAAUGCUUUUAUGGUAUUGUUACUUGCAUCGGACAAUUAAUUAGUUUAAUAAAAUGUUAUUACUUUAAGUUGAUAGAAAAAAAAUACUAAAAGCGUGAAGCAAAUAAUUUCUUAUGGCUUGAUCCUGUUUAGUGUUCAGUCUUUCAGGCAAAUGGAUAUUGUUUCCUGUCCGCAGUGCAACAGAACUGGGGGCAGGGCUGUGGAUGACUUCCUUCUCUGACUAAUUUCUUAAUUGAUUCUCCAGGACACCAGUAAGGUUGGUGCAAUAUUAUUUUAGUAAACUCCUCCAGUGAAGCUAGAAAACUUUGUUUUUCUUUGUUUUCAUUUCAAGAAAAAAAUGUUAUAAUAUAUUUACAGAGAAAAUAUUUGUAUCAGGUAUACAUAAAAACAAUCCAUAUACACUAUUACAUGGAGGAAGCAGGGAAGAUGUGAUUUUGAGGAACCAGGCAGGGCGGGGGCGUUGCAAGGAAAAGGGGAAAUAAAUGAAAUUUUCCAUCUGCCUUUGGGAGAAUUCUGUUCUGGGCAAAUCUGGAUCCUACCUGAUAAACCAAACAAGGAUAAAAUGUAAACCCCAAAUUUUAUAUAACUAAUCAGGGUUUCUUUUCUACUAGAGUAAGCAAUGUAAACACACAGAUACUGGUAUGGCUAAAUAUAUAAUUUUCUGUUGUGUUUAUCUUAAGGCUUAUAUUGCUACAAAAGAGAAGAUAAUGUUGAUUUGUGGCAUGAAACAGAAUUGUUAUGAUAGUUAUCUGUGUGCAAAGCUUGUUCCCCUUAAUUGGUUUUGUGUCCUUCACUAGUUAAUGUUUUUAUGCUAAAAUCCUUUACAUGGUUAACUGGGAGUAAGCUCCCUUGAACUCUGUGGGAUUCAUUGCUGAGUAAAUAUACAUAGGAUUGUGUUAUCCAUAAUCCUGCAUAGUCAAUUGAAUGUUUAAUUCAGUUGAACUAAAAUCAAAACAAUAGGCUUUAUUUACUUCCAUCUCCUUUUUUAUUGACUUAGUCCAUCCAGCCCAGUACAGUCUGAAUGGCAGUAGUAGAUCUCCAGGAUCUAAGGCAAGGCUCUUUUCCAGUCUUGCUACUAGAGAUUAUUUAAACUGAGUUGGAAACACCCCCUUUCUAGUCAAUUGUGGCACUAAUAUAGAAGAGUUUGCCACAAAAGGUUGAUGUGUUAGGUGACAUAAUACAAUUCCGACACCCUUAUUUGUAAUCCAGUUAGCUCCAUUUUAAGCAUGUUUGUUCAACUUGCUGAGAAUUUUCUGUCCUUUUCUAUUGUUAAAAAUAUAAUAAAUGUAAGCAUAUUGUUUGCUAGAUGUUAAAGAUAUGCACUAAUUAGUCCCUAACAUUUCUAAAUAAAGUUCUUAAUUAUGACAAAUAUUUAGAAACAGCAUAGCCAGAUCUUAUAUGCUGUUUUAGGCUUAUGCAAAAGGCAUGAACUGAAAGAUGUAUAGAUGGAUAAAAAGUACGUUAAAUGUUCAUUGGGAUAUUUCUAGAAGUUUAGGAAUAAUUAGUGCUUUAAAAGUGCUUUUGUUUUUAAAGCCAAGAAAUCUUUUUGAUUGAUUGGUCUCUCCAGUUUUAUAUUUUAUAUUUAUAUAAAUUCUUCUUACAACUGCCACUCCUCUUCAGACUAGCCCAAUAGCACAUUCCGUGUCAUCUGUCCUGCAUCCCUCUAUGGGUGACACUGCAUGUUUGGCCAAACCUUCUCCAUUGGAUUGGGAGACUCUUCGGAACAGUGAGGGUGGUGGCGUAAACAGGGUGGAGCACUUAGAAAUCUCUUGAGGAAGCCUCAGCCAUUUUAAAGUGGUAGAAUGAAUGGGAAGGAUGAAAAAGCCAUGUCUCGAGAGAGCUGCAACUGCUUGCAGCAUAUUUAUUUUUGUGGUGGAAGAAAGUUUGCUUUGCACAAUGGAAGGGGAUAUAUCCAGCACAUUAAAAAAAAAAAUCAGUACAAGUUCUCCCAAAAUAAUUGGGAGAUUGAUUUUUCACAUUUCCAGUGAUGUUAUAAGCACACCUUUAGAUGCUUAUGAUGCUUGUACAAUCCCCUUCCUCAAAACACUUGCAGUGACAACGGAAAUGCUAACUGCUGGGGGGGGGGAGUGAUAUCCCCUAACCAACGACCAGCAUAAGAGAUAAGUAUGUUCCUGAGAUACUAUCACAAACAUCAUUUUGACUGUAAUUAAUUUGGAUGGCUUUAAGAGCAGGUUAGACAAAUCCAUGGAAUACAAUGCUGUAUCAGUGGCUACUAACCAUGCUGCCUCCACUGUCAGAGGCAAUAUGAAUGCCAGUUGCUGGGAACUGAAGGUGGGCAGAGUGCUGUUGUUCUUGUGUCCAGCUUGCAGGCUUCCCAGAGGCAUUUGGUUGGCCACUAGGAACAGGACUUUAGACUAGAUGGGCCAUUGGCCUGAUCCGAAAGGCACGUCUUUGGACCAUUGGCUUGUCUUAUGCUCCUAGCAACUCCUGAGUUUUGUACUGGUACUUUCUUCAGAGUAUGUGCUACAGUUAACCUACUUGGCUUGUGUAGCAGAUCAGGGUAAAUAGUGUUCCAUAAUGGUUUUAUAGAUUUUAUAGAUUUGGUAAAUCAGAAAAAUAAGAAUUGAAAGGAAAACUAAUACUAUAAGAGAGAGAGCUUGUCUCUUAAAUUAUGACAUUUCAUUUUUAAAGGUUACACCCAAGAAUAAUGACACUUCUAAAUAACUUCUUUUUACAUUUGUAACAUGAGGCACAAUUUUGGUAUGUACUCUUGAAUAUAAUUCCCCCCCUCUUUAUUCUAAAAUGAAUGGGUUUCUUAACAAUUUUAUUUCCUUUCCUUUGCAUUGUUACUCCUUUAUUUCUGAAAGCACUUGGAUAUAACUCCCUAAUAGUUACCACAACAUUAGUCAGAGUUCUCCAAAUAUCCUUUAUUAACAAAUGCUAUUUGUGUUGUUCUAGGAGAUAGUGUAUUAUUUAUUGUAUCUGUAUUUAAGUAUAAUGUACAGUUGAAACCCACAACACAUUUCCAAGUGUAUUGUGGUAAAUGUAAUGAAGCAGUGUAGGAUAAAUAGUGGGGUUUUUCCUGUAAAUGAACGAUCUUCUUAUCUCCUAUUAAAACAUAUGUAGAGUCAAAGUAUAUGUGUCACAUGGAAAUCAGUGUGGGUCCUUCCCACACCCUGAUCCAGUGACAGGAUUGUAGUCCUUAUGUAGCAGAUUAGCUUGAUAAGAGGCACCUGAAUUAAUCCUUGACUGUAAAGGUCUGAAGCCAAGGUGAAGCAACUAAAAAAAACAUGGACACCUCUAGCACCAAUAACCUGGAGGAAAUGGGAACCUGGACUGAGUUGGUAGACCCAUGAUUCACCUGCUUGGCAGAUGAUUAGCAUGCAUAGACUAUGCCUGCCUUAAAUUUAGGAAGAAAUCAAUAUACGGUAUCCUAAUUCGAUAAAAUGCUGUGGAAACAUGGAAAAGGGAUUGUCAGGCUGCUUCCUCCCCAUAACCAGCUCUGCCCAUUUUGAGUACAAAAGCAGCUUUGGCAUGAAGACCUAUUUGAUCAUCAUGGUUGGAUAGUUUCUAGGAUCAGGGUAUAAGAAUAAUUUUUCCCUUUGCUGUUGGCCUUUCAAAAUGAUCAGAUGUGCUCAUGUAACUUUAUGAAUGCUCUGUCGCAUCAGGAAAGGGGCGUAUGGGAGUUCUGGUAAUUCAGCAAGUGCAUUCCACUAGUCUUCUAUGUCAGUCUGAGUAGGGCAUCUGACUGCUUUAAACCACUGCUGUUUUUAGCUUUUGUAAUUGGAUUGCUUUAUUUGUAUCUUGGACAUUUGUUUUACAGUCUUAACUAUAUUUUGUAAGCUGCCUUGGGAGGGCUUUGCCCUGAAAAGCAGUAUAUAAGUACUAUUAUAGAAGUCUGCAAUCCUAAUCUAAAUUACCUAUUAGAAAGCCCCAUUGAGUUCAGUAGGAUUUACUUCUGAGUAGGCAUGGCUAGGGUUGCACUGUAAGUGUGUUUAAUGGUGUGUGUUAAACUUGAGACUAAUUUCUCAUAUGCUGAGGCUACUGUGGGUACAACUGAUGGAUGUGACUAUAUAUUGGAAAACACAUCAGGAAAAGGGAAGAAAAUAGAACAAGGUGCAUCUGAAGUACUGAGUAAGCUGGAAGCUGUUGACACGAGGAUUGCAUUGUGAAGCACAAGCUUUUGCUUUGCUUAAGGAGAUAACUAUUUUUAAACAUUUAACUGUAGAUCAAAUAAGCAAGAUCUUUGUGGUUUUCACAAAGAACCUGCUUGUUUUGUAAACUUUAACACUCUACUGAUAUUUUAAAUGUAUAUUUCCUUCGUACGUUAUCUCUAUUUGUGAAGUUGUUAAUAUAUAACAUUUUGGGAACUAUGAUAGAAACAUAUCUAUCCAUAGAAUAUCUUUUUUUAAAUAUGCAAACUUUGUACCAUGAUAGAAUUUUAAUUUUAAUUAUUAAUUUACAGGUUCUUAUUAGAUAUAUAAUAGGUUUUUUCUUUUUUCAUGCAAAUAUAAUAUAUACAAUAAAGGCUUUUAUUCAGACAUCUUCCCAAAGUGUAAUAUUUAUAUGGUUUAUAUGCAAACAAUUAACAGUAGUUUUAAAAUGUUGGGAUUGUUUCAUUCUAGCUGGGCUAGAACUUGCUAACUUACUGUGUACAGUGGAACAUAGGCUCCUUUAGAAUUAUUUUGAUGAAAGAAGAAUUUAUGUGUUUUUCCUCCUCCAGCAUCCCAAUCCCCAGGGUUACAUAUAUAUCACACAUUAAGCUGUGUUAAUCUUUCUUGGAUUCUUUAUUACUGUUACAGUCGAUACUGCCAUUCAACAGUUUCUAAAUACUGUACACAAAUUAAAGGAUUUUAUACUAUUUACUUUUAAUUGUCAGUGUUGACAAGUAUUUGUGUAAAUGUUAACAAAGAUGCAUGCUUUUUACAUGUCUUUAAUUUGGUCUCCCUUUAUUUGGCAAGUCUUGAAUGAGUUGUAUCAACUUCAAAAAGCAACAAAGUUGAAACUUGCAUUUGUCAAAAAAAAAGUCUUGAAGUUUGCUGAAAUGUUUUAUGUGUGGAUUUAAAUUUUAAAAGCAGUAAGGGCUUAUUACAAUUUCAUAACUGUGUAUAUGUUCAAAUAUAUUUGUUCUACCCUCAAAAAAUAAACUUGUCUGUGUACAAAGUA